GGUACACUAGACCCUGACCCUGGUACUAAAUAUGGAUCUCUCUUCGUUUAGAGAAAACUACUAGCGCUGAGGUCACGAUCAGUACUAAAAAUUGUUCUAGUAGUACAGUAUCGACGAUCCAGUUACUUAUUUCGGAUCCAUGCAAGCUUCGGUGUCUCUUAUAAGCAUCAUUUUGUUUUUUUCUUCAGUAUGUUUAUUUCUUCCCGUUGGAAAAUUUUACGAGUGUUUCAUUUCAGUAAUUCAUCAAGUUUAAAUAACGUUUGGAAAAAAAUUAUUAGCGAAGUUCCAAUUUUGGUUGGUCAUUGUCGAGAAUUUGGAAAUGGCUGAAAAGACUUCUAACGUGCAUGAUGUAUUUCAUCCGAGUCCAGUAUCGCUGAAAGAACUAGCAGCGAUUGCCGUCAGCCUCGAAGUAUGGCGCCGUGAAAUGAACGAAUGUCGUCAGAAGGAUGGUACAAUGUCCAGGUUUUUUCCAGCUGCUGAACGUAUCUCGUUGAAAUCUCGACUGCCAGAUUUACCUUCUGUGAUUUUAAAGAUGAUCAAAAAAUAUCUCACAGUGUUUGAAAAAUCAAUGAGACAUUGGCUCGACGACCAUCAUAAAAGAGUUAAUUUCUGCUACAGACAGCAGAACACCGUUUUGAGAUACUUCGAUGACUUUGUAUGCGAUUACUUCGGAGAGAUUGAUUAUGUGAGGACAGCCAAACGUAUGAUAAGUUGCGAUCAAUUUUCUGCAGAUGAAAAGUUCCUCAUCGCUUGCGCGUAUUUUUUCGUAGACGAUAUCAGACGACUUUGGCGAUUGGGAUCGCGUCAUGAAGGAGGCAUCAAUGUGAGAAAACUUCGGAAUUUAGGGUCUACAAGACGUAGGGAUACGUAUUUGGAUUGUUUUGAUUUUCACAGAUGCCCGCAAUUCUAUUACUGGAUUUGCCGUCUCACAAAGCAAUUACGUAAGAUUCCAAUCCAGGAGAACAAUACCAUCAACGAUGAAAUGUUCGAUCAACAUAUUCCUCGUAUCGGACCUUCGAUGACGUAUUUUUGGGAUCGUAUACCGAUUGAAAAUCGAAUGAGAAAAGCCAUUAGCGUUGCAAAUAGUUGCCCAGAAUCUGCGGUUAGGUUCAUUUUACCAAAACUGGAUGAUCAACAGCUCAGUCAAUUUGUAGACGAAGCAGGCGAUAAGUUGAUGCAUAAUUUAUGGGAAAACGUCGGUGAUUACGGUGAAAAUCUUCUUCUAGCAACUUGGUCGUGCAUCGGAAAUAUGAUGAAUGAAAGCAAUUUUACAAAUCUCGUGGUGAAAAUGUUGAAAACUGAUUACGACUACGAGUAUGAUAAUAAUGACGACGUACGCAUCUAUAGUAAUUAUUUGUUUCGUGAGAUAUGGGACAAUGCCCGGCCAGAUUUAAAACAAUCAGUGAUAAGAAAUAUUUCACCGGAAAUGAUGGAACGUGUGGGUUUUAGAAUUUUUGCAUGUUCAAUUGACUUGGACAUAGAGUACCUAUCGAUUAUUGCGGAGUGUACGCCUUCGGAAGAUAGAAUCGCAUUCUUGCGGGACUGGUACGAUAUUUUAAUAAUGGCCAAUCCUUUCGAAGGUUUGCAACGAUUUAUGAAAUUGUGCUUUGAAAACGAAGAUGAACUUAUUCAAUUCAAGCAAAACGUCAUGAUGGAGGAUGAUCUUGUUUUAGACUACUGUGUUUCGCUUUUGCGGCGUUUUAGUUUUGAAAAGUUAAACAAAUUCGUGAUUUUUUGCUAUCCCGAUUUGCAAGCAGCGAGAAUUUUUAAACGACGAUUACUGCGGUUUGCUUUUCCUGUCGAAAAUGUCGAAAAUUACGACUUACCAAAUAUCGUUGGUAAACCUAAAGAAUUCAAUCAGUUCAUCGAUGAAGCUUAUAACGACGUUAAUUUAUCCACCGACUUCAAAAAUCAAUUCAUGUCAUUCAAUCAACUACAGUUAUGCCGGCUUGCCUGCUCCGAACGUAUUUCUUUAGAAGGGCUUAUCGAGUUUAUUGACACAUUUAUUCCAACGGAUCAAGUAUUGCGGUUCAAGAUGAAUAUUGUUGACGUUCUGAGAGAAGAUUAUAAGAGAAAUUCUGAUUCGUAUUCAACGCGCUGGUCAUCUCGUAGUGUUUAUGAAGUUAUGGAAGCCCUUCUUCCGUUACUCGAUACUGAUAAAAGGAAGCUCCGGAAGAAAUAAGCUGGAAGUUUUAAAUUUACUCUGAAAAAACGGUGAUAUGUUACCUUAUUUGAAUUUGUAAUGUACAGUAAUAAAUUAAGAUAAAUCUUCAGAAAUACUGCGGUAAUUUUUUUUUUUGAAAAUCGCUUCCUUUUUUCAAUAACCUACUCGCAUUGAAAUCGAACAAUCGUCAAAUUAAUAUUAAUUUUUUUUUGUUAUGAUUCGGUCGUUUCAGAGUUUUUCUUCAAUUUUAUAUUGUUUUUUUUUUUUUUGAUUGCGAUGUUUGUGCUCUGACAGAUUUUUCAAUGCUACGGGCUUUACAGUUUUUUUCAAACUUUUAUAGUGUUUACAAUUUGUUUUGAUUGUUCUCAGUAAUUUAUUUGAUAUUUAUUUCAUUGUAUGAACAUAGAACUUCCAAUAAUAUUAUUUGUUUCAUC